AUGAACUCUCUUGUCUCCCCUCCUCGGAAUGGCACUCGCCUGCAACAGUCGGUGCCUUCCCACGACCCUCGAUCGACCUUGCCUCGCCGCUUCACCACCGACUCGGGGCGUGUACCAACAUUGUCUACUAUUACAACCCAGCGUGGUCCAGAGCCGCAGGACUUCGCUGCCACACAGGCUUUACAGAAAGUUCAAUUGCUAGAAAAGAAGCGGAUGGAAUAUGAGAGGCUUCGGGAACAGAAGCGGCGGUUUGAGGCCGAGAUGCAGAAGCUAGACCAGCAGCAGCGCCGAGAGGAGCUCGAGCUGGCACAGAUGCAAGAAGACAUCGGCAGGAUGUCCGGCCAUCAAUCCGAGCCCACGACGCCACCUGAGUACCGUGAGACAUCCUCUGGUUUCCCAACCAUGUUCUCUCGUCCGAACCGGUACUCUACUUCGAGCCUGACAUCUCCCCCGGGCUUGUAUAAUCGGCCCGGCCGAUCUGGAUCUCAACUUGCUUCACCGCAGUCUGGCAUAUUGCAGUCUCGUUUUGCCUUCGACGACCAGCUGCCCUCUCGCUCCGUUCCUGGAUCGCGUAGAAACAGUGACGAAGACGAGAAGGAGGAGGCCAUCCGCCAGGACCCUACCUCACAUCGAUCAGCUAAUGCCCUCAACCGGUAUUCAAUGCCCGUCACCAAGUCCCGAUCAGGCUUUUACGAUAUCGGACUCGAUCAAGCCAACACGACUCGCUUCCUCUUCGGAGACGACGAUUCUGGAGCUGACGGCAAACUCUACGCUCAAGCCAAUCCUGACGAUAACUUCCCUACCCUUGUACGCCGCGAGGAGUAUCCCAAUAUGACUAGCACAACCACAGACGUAUCGACCAUUGGAGGUCGACCUGCUUCAAUCCGCCAUUCUCUGGAGAUGAAGCCUAUCGACAUGAAGUACUACGAGAAUGCCUCUGAGGCACCUGCCACCACAAACCACAUUCUUGCGACUCCUCCCAAGUUGCAGUCAUCCUUCUCCGCCAACGACAUUCCCACUGUCAAGAACGUGUCAGGUCAGACGGUGAUGACGGGGAACACCACAACUAACCAUGCCGCCCAGCAGCACCUGCAUAACCAUAAUGCAAGCAUUGGCCGGAUUCCAGCUGGUGCUGUGCCUAACCGUCACAGCCGCGAGCUUUCUGCAGACAAUAACAUGGCUGCUCGCGAGUCGAUUGGUGGGUACCCGUCCAUUGGCUCAACCCUCCAGGCCAACGCUGCUCCUUUUGGCCCCGUCACUCAGGCUCAAGUCCCUGCGACAUCUGCGCCAACUGUGACCUCUCCCGCGCCUGUCUCGGCCUACAACAAUGGCUUUUACGGCGGCUCUGGCUACAAUGCACCGAACGGCGCAAAUGGGGCGAACUACGGCCUCCCCCUUCUCACAAUGAAUAUGCAGGGCUUGUCACUCAACGGCGGCGGCAACCUGUAUUCCCCUCAGAACUACACUGGCUACGGUGCUGUGUAUGCUCCCCCGCAGCAAGCUCCGCGUGACAGCCAGGCCCGUAUCAUUCAGAAUCGACGACAGAUGGACAACGAGGCAAUGAGUCGCUAUCAAAACCUGCCCCUGGAGUCCGUUGGUGGCACUAUCUACGACCUUUGCAAGGACCAGCAUGGUUGCCGCUACCUUCAGAAGCAGCUUGAGAACCGCGUUCCUGAGCAGGUGCACAUGAUCUGGCUGGAGACUAACCAGCAUGUCAUAGAGUUGAUGACAGAUCCGUUCGGUAAUUACUUGUGCCAGAAGCUCCUAGAGUACUGCAAUGACGAGGAACGUACUGUCCUCAUCCAGAAUGCCGCCGCGGAUAUGGUGCGCAUUGCCUUGAACCAGCAUGGCACUCGAGCUCUCCAGAAGAUGAUCGAGUUUGUGUCUACGCCGGAGCAGGUGUCGCUCAUCAUCGAGGCUCUUCGAUACCGCGUCGUGGAGUUGAUCCAGGAUCUCAACGGCAACCAUGUCAUCCAGAAGUGUCUCAACAAGCUCAGUGCUCCUGAUGCCCAGUUCAUCUUCGACGCCGUCGGCAAUAACUGUGUUGACGUCGGAACGCAUCGACAUGGAUGUUGUGUCUUGCAGCGCUGCAUCGACCACGCUUCUGGAGACCAGAAAAUCUGGCUCAUCGCGAAGAUUACCGAGCACGCUGUCACCCUUGUCCAAGACCCUUUUGGCAACUACGUCGUUCAAUACAUCAUUGAUCUCAACGAGUCAAGCUUCACUGAACCUGUUGUUCACAUGUUCCAGGGCCGCAUAGGCCAGCUCUCGCGCCACAAGUUCAGCUCCAACGUCAUUGAGAAAUGCCUUCGUUGCGCUCAAGAUCCGUCCAAGGACAUGAUUGUGGAGGAGCUCUUGGCUCCUGGCGAGAUGGAUCGUCUCCUUAGAGACUCGUUCGCCAAUUACGUCAUCCAGACUGCUUUGGACUAUGCUACCCAUUACCAGAAGACUCGCCUUGUUGAGACCAUUCGCCCGAUUCUUCCGAACAUUCGAUCAACUCCUUAUGGUCGUCGCAUCCAGGCAAAGAUCCAGACUUAUGAUUCCAAUAGUGGAAGAAGCAGCGGUCAGGUUACUCCCUCGGAUACCACUCAGGGUCAGAUUCCUCUACGACCAAAUCACAACCGUGCCAUGUCCAACACGUCCAUCCUGCCUACUGGCGGCUUUACCAACGGAAUGAAUGGUGGCAUGGCCAACCGCGCUUCACAGUCAAACUAUCCCGCCAGUGCUGUGUUGACUGUCCCCCCGCCGCAAACUCCACGUGGCCCUCAGUAUGCACCUCCUCAGUUCCCUCGCGCUGCUCCUGGUCUCCCUGCCACAGACGGAGAGGCUCCGCCGCAAUGGGUCUGA